UGCAGCCCCGCAUUGGUCAGCCCGGCGCCCCCGCCCGGCUCCCGCGCGCCGAUUGGGCGCGGAUGCCCGACCCCGGGCGAGGGCGCCGAGGCGGAGCGUGGGAUUGGUGGUCCCGCGGCCCGGCUCGCGGCCGCGCGCUCCGCCCGCCGCUGCGUCCCCACUAUGGCGGCGCCCAGGCGGCCCGCCGCGUCUUGGGCGCCCGCCGGGGUCCCCCGCGGCUCUCGCCGCCGCCUUCGCGGUCGCCCCUGCCUUCCCGGCCGCGUCGGGCCGGGCGCCGCCUCUCCCCUGCCUCCCUCUCCGCUGCGGUCAUGUAGGAAAUCGUAAAUCAUGUGAAGAUGGGACUCUUGGUAUUUGUACGCAAUCUGCUGCUAGCCCUCUGCCUUUUUCUGGUACUGGGAUUUUUGUAUUAUUCUGCGUGGAAGCUACAUUUACUCCAGUGGGAGGACUCCACUUGAAAACUUUAAGAGAUUAUUUCAGGACUGCCUGUGAGUACAAAGAAGAUUCAGUGGUUCUUUCCUUUGACUCCGCUGGACAAACACUAGGCUCAGAGUAUGAUCGAUUGGGCUUCCUCCUGAAGUUGGACUCUAAACUGCCUGCUGAGUUAGCCACCAAGUACGCAAACUUUUCAGAGGGAGCCUGCAAGCCUGGCUACGCGUCAGCCUUGAUGACGGCCAUCUUCCCCCGGUUCUCCAAGCCAGCACCCAUGUUCCUGGAUGACUCCUUCCGCAAAUGGGCUAGGAUCCGGGAAUUUGUGCCGCCUUUUGGGAUCAAAGGUCAAGACAAUCUAAUCAAAGCCAUCUUGUCCGUCACCAAAGAGUACCGCCUGACCCCCGCCUUGGACAGCCUCAGCUGCCGCCGCUGCAUCAUCGUGGGAAACGGGGGUGUCCUCGCCAACAAGUCUCUGGGGUCACGAAUUGAUGACUAUGACAUUGUCGUCAGACUGAACUCAGCGCCUGUGAAAGGCUUUGAGAAGGACGUGGGCAGCAAAACCACGCUGCGCAUCACCUACCCCGAGGGCGCCAUGCAGCGGCCCGAGCAGUACGAGCGCGAUUCUCUCUUUGUCCUGGCGGGCUUCAAGUGGCAGGACUUCAAGUGGUUGAAGUAUAUCGUCUACAAGGAGAGAGUGAGUGCGUCGGAUGGCUUCUGGAAAUCUGUGGCCACUCGGGUGCCCAAGGAACCUCCUGAGAUUCGCAUCCUCAACCCAUAUUUCAUCCAGGAAGCCGCCUUCACCCUCAUUGGACUGCCUUUCAACAAUGGCCUCAUGGGCCGUGGGGUGAGGUGUCUGGACCCUGGGCCAGAGAACAUUCCGACCCUCGGCAGUGUGGCAGUGACCAUGGCACUACACGGCUGUGAUGAGGUAGCAGUCGCAGGCUUCGGCUACGACAUGAGCACACCCAAUGCACCGCUGCACUACUAUGAGACCGUGCGCAUGGCAGCCAUCAAAGAGUCCUGGACGCACAACAUUCAGCGAGAGAAGGAGUUUCUGCGGAAGCUGGUGAAAGCGCGUGUCAUAACUGACCUAACCAGUGGCAUCUGAGGUGGGCCCAGCACGUGGCCACAGAGGUCCAGCAUCUCCACCUGCCCACUUCAUUGGCUCAGUCUGGCUCUGCCCGAGAGGCGCAGGAGCCUUCAGACCCAGAGAAGGACAGUGCCAAGUGGCCCCAGGGGUGGCAAGGCCUCGGCGGGGCAGCCAGAGCUGUGUCUGCUCAGAGGCCAGCCUCAGAGACCAGCACUCAACCUCACUCUUAGCCUGGGUCCUUGAAGCCAGAGGGCCAGGAGGCCACUGGCUGUGUCCAGCGGGCCCAGCAUGCAGGAGGUGGACACCAGGCAGCAAGGCUGCUGCCAGAAUCGUUUCUCCAGUCAGUGUUCGGUGUAUUAUCAUUUUGUGAAUUUGGGGUGGGGGGAGGUUAGGGAUAAUUUAUUUUUCAAUACAGUUGGAGAUGUCAAGCUUGGUCCACUGGCCAGGCAGAAAGAGACCCACUAGAGGGCCCCUCAGGCAGUGGUACCCAUGGGCUCCCUGUCGCGUGGGAGUGCCCGGACUCACCUGUGCCCUGCUUUGGGGCUACAGGGAAGUGGGCAGGAUCUCAGGCCAGCCCCCUCCAGCUCAUGACACGGCCUCUUCUUGGGAAGCAGAUGGGGAGUCCCACUCAGCAGCCCCCAGCUGUCCCCCAGGGAGACCCUGGAGCCAUCCUUCAAGCCAACAAGCCGCCCCUGGGCUUGAGCAAAGAGAACUUCAGAGCUCGGGGGGCGCGGCCUGGCCCAGCCUGAUGGGAAUGCCCCCCUCCCCCACAGCUGCAGCCGACCCCUAGGACAGUGCCCCAGGCCUGGAGUGACCCACUUGGCAGCUGUUCUGGGUUUCAGCAAUGAGACUGCCAGGUCUUUGGGUUCUGCCUUUAGCCUACACCCAGAGGGAAGUGAGGCUCAAGGACCUCACCAGGCUGUGGCAGCCAACAUAGGCAACCAUCAUGGAAGCAAUAAAGCUCUUCCCUGAACC